GCUGCUGCUGUUUCCCAGCGCGAUGUCGAAUCCCGGUACCCGCCGGAACGGCUCCAGCAUCAAGAUCCGCCUCACAGUAUUAUGUGCCAAGAAUCUUGCAAAGAAAGAUUUCUUCAGACUUCCUGACCCAUUCGCAAAAAUAGUUGUUGAUGGGUCAGGUCAGUGCCAUUCAACUGACACUGUGAAGAACACAUUGGACCCCAAAUGGAACCAGCAUUACGAUCUAUAUGUUGGGAAGACAGAUUCUAUAACCAUCAGUGUAUGGAACCAUAAAAAAAUCCACAAGAAACAGGGAGCUGGCUUCCUGGGGUGUGUCCGACUCCUCUCCAAUGCCAUCAGCAGGCUAAAAGAUACUGGAUACCAGCGUUUGGAUCUAUGCAAACUAAAUCCCACAGAUACCGAUGCUGUACGAGGCCAAAUAGUGGUCAGUUUACAGACACGGGACAGAAUAGGCACAGGAGGUUCUGUAGUAGACUGUAGAGGGCUUUUGGAGAAUGAAGGAACGGUUUAUGAAGAUUCUGGACCGGGAAGGCCGCUGAGCUGUUUUAUGGAAGAACCAGCACCGUAUACAGACACUACGGGGGCUGCUGGCGGAGGCAACUGUCGCUUCGUGGAGUCCCCCAGUCAAGAUCAGAGGCUUCAGGCACAGCGACUUCGGACUCCUGAAGUCAGAGGUCAUGUACAGACACCUCAGAACAGACCGCACGGUCACCAGUCGCCUGACCUACCAGAAGGCUACGAACAAAGAACAACGGUACAGGGACAGGUUUAUUUUUUGCACACACAGACUGGAGUUAGCACAUGGCAUGACCCUAGGAUACCAAGAGACCUUAACAGUGUGAAUUGCGAUGAACUAGGACCUUUGCCUCCAGGUUGGGAAGUUAGAAGUACAGUUUCAGGAAGAAUAUAUUUUGUAGAUCAUAACAACAGAACCACACAAUUCACAGAUCCACGACUACAUCACAUCAUGAACCAUCAAUGCCAGCUAAAAGAGCCCAGCCAGCAGCCUCUGCCAGCUCCAAAUGAGGGCUCACUAGAAGACGGUGAGGAGUUGCCUGCGCAGAGAUAUGAACGAGACUUGGUACAAAAGUUGAAAGUUCUUAGACAUGAGCUCUCUCUUCAGCAACCACAGGCUGGUCACUGUCGCAUUGAAGUAUCCAGAGAGGAAAUAUUUGAGGAAUCCUACCGUCAGAUAAUGAAGAUGAGGCCAAAGGACUUGAAAAAGAGGCUUAUGGUGAAAUUUCGAGGAGAGGAAGGCCUGGAUUAUGGAGGAGUAGCAAGAGAAUGGUUGUAUUUACUGUGCCAUGAAAUGUUGAAUCCCUAUUAUGGACUCUUCCAGUACUCCACAGAUAAUAUUUACAUGCUGCAAAUCAAUCCAGACUCUUCUAUCAAUCCUGACCAUUUGUCUUAUUUCCAUUUUGUUGGUCGGAUAAUGGGUUUGGCUGUGUUCCAUGGACACUAUAUCAAUGGGGGUUUCACGGUUCCCUUUUACAAACAGCUGCUGGGGAAGCCCAUUCAGCUCUCCGAUCUGGAAUCUGUUGACCCAGAAUUACACAAAAGUUUAGUCUGGAUCUUAGAGAACGAUAUCACCCCAGUUCUGGACCAUACAUUUUGUGUGGAACACAAUGCUUUUGGGCGGAUUUUACAGCAUGAACUCAAACCAAAUGGCAGGAAUAUUCCAGUGACAGAAGAGAACAAGAAAGAAUAUGUCAGGUUGUAUGUAAACUGGCGAUUUAUGAGAGGAAUAGAGGCACAGUUCCUGGCUCUGCAGAAAGGUUUUAAUGAACUUAUUCCUCAACAUCUCCUUAAGCCUUUCGACCAGAAGGAACUUGAGCUAAUCAUAGGAGGUCUGGAUAAGAUAGACCUGAAUGACUGGAAGUCAAACACACGUCUAAAGCACUGCAUGGCAGAUAGCAAUAUUGUGAAGUGGUUCUGGCAAGCAGUGGAAACAUUUGAUGAAGAAAGAAGGGCAAGGCUGCUGCAGUUUGUGACGGGUUCGACGCGUGUCCCACUUCAAGGUUUCAAGGCUUUACAAGGUUCUACAGGCGCUGCAGGACCCAGACUGUUUACCAUCCAUUUAAUAGAUGCAAACACAGACAACCUUCCAAAAGCCCACACUUGCUUUAACCGGAUUGACAUUCCGCCUUAUGAGUCAUACGAGAAGCUUUAUGAGAAGCUGUUGACAGCUGUGGAAGAGACAUGUGGGUUUGCUGUGGAGUGAAAAAGCAACCAAAGGAAACAGAUGCUAGCUCAUGGACCACCAAAUCAAAAGCUAGAAGAAGCUUGCUGUGAACUUCCUGCUAAGCUGUCUGAAGCAUCGGAACUCUAGACAACUUAGAGAUGGGGCUGUUUCCCUUCCG